AUGCUGAAUCCUCUCCGCCUUGUUCUGGAAACGUUCGGCAGUGCUCUUGGAGGUUCACCAAGGCGCUCACUUCUAUCAAUGCUGAACAUCUUCGAGCCGUUCUUUUCGAGUACUUCGCUUGGAGGCAACAACGAGAAGCGGACCACCAGACUCGUGCAGCUGACAGAGUUGUUCGCACGUAAGGAAAUAGCACACAUACGAACCGGUGAUACGGGCACGAGGUCAACUCGAGAGGUUGUCGACGAUCGACAGAGAGCAGUUGGAGACAAAUCUGCUCGGUCCAGGAAUGUGGGGUCCCCAGACGUCAUGGCGCACGUUUCUCCACCGACCCUCGGACGACAUAUAGUUAAGCCGUUGGUUGAUGAAGAUAUGGCUGUUGAACAAGAUCAGGUAUCCAGAUGCAAGUGGAUACGCCGAAUGGCGUCAGAGUUCUGGUACAACUCAGCGAGACAGGGAGUCGAAGCAUAUGAUGAUUCCACUUGUUUUGAUGCUGGCAGCUUGGUCAUAUCAGAACAGCACCCUUCACGCGAACUCUUCAACACCAAGAUGAUUGAGUAA